GUUGGUGUUUGUAUGAUGGUUAGGCUGUUUGACUCUCAGAAUAACAACAGAGGUGGCUACAAUGUUGGAGGUACUUACUACUAUGAAGGCAGUGAUGUUCAUUUUGAAUGGACCAAUCAGCACUCGUGUGGCAAUGAGAAUAACCACUGUGAGUUGAUCAUCCAGUAUCACUGUGACAGUACUAUCAGAGAUGGGUCAACUACAGGCACCAUUCCGCACAACCCCGGCCUGUGUCAGGACUACAAUUGCGUCACCGAUUUGAAGUACGGCAUGCACGAGAACUUUGACUACUACCAGAACUGCCGUCAUCGGGAGCGCAACAUGGGACUGUUCAUUGCGGACAGGAAUCUGCGGGGCACUACGGCACGGUUCACUCGUCAGAACAACAACGGCAACCGUCAUGCCUACGAGUGUCCUGAGGAGCGUGACUAUUACCCCUACUGGGAGCCAACUCCGUGGAAGGACAUCGUCAUCAUGACAAAUGACACGCGCCGAUGCCCCUAUUACCAGCAAGAGAGCCAGAACGUGAAGAGUCGCUUCUCCUGCAUCGUACCCAGCCCGUACUUCCAGUACAACCGAGAAUGCCGCGGCGGAAACCGGUACAUCAUACCGAUCACUCGCGAGGAGUGCGAGGCUGUGACGUGGAAUUUCGAAAGAGACGCUUCAAGGACCAAGUGCAUCAAUGCGAUCACCGUAGAUCCUACGCGUGACAACACAACGCAAAUCCUGUCCGGCGUGUGGGCCGAGUACCCCAGUCACGACAUCGCCGCACCCGACUGCUUCGAGUCGCCCUGGUCACGUGACAAUCACCUUGGUAACGGCAUCGGUGGCUUCCCAAACACGUACAACUGGACGAUGCCCAACUUGGAGCAUGAGUUCUGCGUCUUCCGUAUGCGCUACAACAUCUCUACGUCGGAAUAUGAUGCAUGGUCACCGGGCAGGAACUGGACGGAGCUGAAUUCCGCUCGCCCCAAUCGACCCACAAAUGUUCCUGUUUGGGAGCAGGUUGGACUGAAUGAAACUCUGGGUCGGGCGCGCGGAUACGAGUUUGAGCAGAACCCCGUCGUGGAUAUUUUCGGCACGCCCAACCUGCCAUUGAGGCUCGCUAUCAACACGAACCAGUUUGGCAGGACAUUUCAAGACAGGUCACACACGUUUGCGUCUCGUCCGCGACCAGAGGAUUUGGAGGAUGCCGUCAUCCACAAUGUGCAGGUGCGCGGCAAACGUGGCAACAUCGUUCAAGUGUAUCCCGGGGUGGAGUACGACUUCGCCCCCAAUCGACUACAGCUAGCAACCAAUGACUACAUCCAUUUCCAGUGGACGGGCUCCAACACAAAUCCCAACAACAACGACGGUCAGGGGCGCCGUGGCACCGACCGACACAACGCCGUGAUGCUGCACGAACCUCGGUAUCCGGAGAGACCGGCGCAGGAUCCGCUAUUGAGGGAGCAGGUGUUUGGCAAGUGGGGCCUCAGCUAUCCGCAGCACUUGGAUAACACGACUUUCCUAGGACUGAGUAGAGAGGAUACAGACAGCCUGGCUUUGCUGACAUCCACUCAAUUCCGUGGAGAAAUGUCAGAGUUGGAUGAUGCUGGAACCUACUUUGACCUGGGACCCAAGAAAGUGACAUCGGUCGGAACGUAUCACUACAUGUGCACACGCAACAACAACUUCUCCAACCGCAGUCAGAAGGGAAAGCUUGUUGUCAGCGCCCAGUCGGUUCAGUACCGUUCCAUCGGACUCAACGGUGGCAACCUAACCAUGCCAUCAAGGUCAACCAUGGUUCAUGUUCCACGCGGUGCCUUUGGUCAACUUCACAACCUGCGUGUCGAGUCCUGGCCCACGAGAGAUUGCCAACAGCUCCUGGAAAGCCUUGGCAGUAGCAUACUGAGUGAUGGAACGACCGCCAGCGACUGCUUGGCGCUCUACCCAGAAGGCAGACUGACGGUGAACGGCGCCAAAAUGCGUCUCUCCAUGAGCCUCAAGGAGAAUCAAGCCGCCUCCUCCAUUCGUGUCUACCAAACUACUGCGUCGUCAGCAAGUUCCUGGUCAGAGGUGACUGUCACAAGUGUGGAGAACAAUAUCGUGACGUUCGAGAGCCAGCAGGGCGGCCUGUACGUAGCCAAGGAGGACCCCAACUUCAUCGUGAUCGGCAGCAUCGUGGCAGCCUGCUUGAUUGCUGUGAUCAUCCUUGUUGGAGCGCUCGUGUACUUCAAGCGCUAUCCGGGCAAGAUCUCCAGUAUGCGCCGCAGCAUUGGCCGGAACUAUACCUACCUCAGGAGAUCGAUGCAGAGCAGGGUGUGAUGCAACGCGGCUGGCUGCCUUGCAAUCUGCAACCACGUGGCUUGAUAUCAGCCCAUCCGCUGGUCGGUGCAAGAUUGCAAAUGAUCUGAGAAGCAUGGAGUGGGCCGUUCUUUGCCUUGUGUAGCCACGCUGACAUGAGGGAGGACGGCUGAACAUCGUCAUAGCUGUCUCUUCACCAUCCCACCUAUAUCUGCAAUGCAGUCACUCCUUUGCUCUCCGCUCUGCCUCCCCAUGUUGAAAGACAUGCACUUCUUAUGACAGUCUACCAGGUAGUAUUUGCUGUCAUCUGUCACUCAUAUUUUGCAUUUAGAACUCAGUUUACGCCGGGAUUCCCUCAAGCAUCAUUGCGUUCGGACACUCAUCAAUCUGGGCGCUCACCUGCUACUCUUUCACUGAUCCAACUUCUUGCUAUCAUAUCUUUCUACUCCAUUAUUGGUUCUCUGUCGUAUUUUAAAAGUUUGUAGCGCUGGUUCGCAACAUCUUUACCCGACACAGCAGAACCGCUGUUGGAAAACAAUCGCUACGAAUUUG